GUUUUAGGAUUCAUGGAGAAAUUCUUCAAGAUAUUGUACGAGAUAAACCCACUAACAUCUUUCCAAAGUUGCCGAGUAAAAUUGCAUGACCAAAAUAAGUGAAGAAGAGUUUCAAUUUUGGACAGCCGUGUAUGUUUGUGGUACGCAGCAGGUGACGUUAGAAGAGGAGUGGCCUUUUUGCAGCGACCGUCUCCCACGUGUUGUUAAGGAAGGAUGAUGAUUUAAGUACAGUAAACCGAGUGGCCAUCUGCAGCAAAUAGCGACUGGCCGAGCGACUCCAUGUCUAUGGCUUGUGCCGCACUUAAUCGCCGCGGCCGAUUAUAUGUAUCUUUUUCCUCUCCACUGAUGGGUGAACAAUGGAGAAGCCGUCAGCAGAAAUUUCUGGUGACCCUCCUAUUUUCCCAUGCACCAGAACAUUGUUUAUGAUGCUGUUGUUGUGUAGGAGGGCAGGGACGGACCUGAUCUCGGUGGAUUUCUGCUAGAAAACACUCAGAACUCGACAGGCGGUGACCGGCCUCUCAUCCUUCCAGAUCCGAGCAGCUGAUGUUGGCAGUGCUGCCGCUAUCUUCCCGGCGAACAUGGUGAAAUUCCCAGCGCUCACGCACUACUUGCCUCUCAUCCGAUUCCUGGUGCCGCUGGCCAUUACCAACAUAGCCAUCGACCUCGGCGAACAGGCUUUAAACAGGGGAAUAGCAGCAGUUAAAGAGGAUGCUGUGGAAAUGCUGGCCAGUUAUGGUCUGGCCUACUCUCUCAUGAAGUUCUUCACAGGCCCUAUGAGUGAUUUCAAGAACGUAGGGCUGGUGUUUGUCAACAGCAAACGGGACAGAACCAAGGCGGUCCUCUGUAUGGUCGCUGCAGGAACCGUGGCUAUCAUUUUCCACUCUCUCAUUGCCUACACAGAUCUUGGCUAUUACAUCAUUAACAAACUGCAUCAUGUGGAUGAGUCUGUGGGGAGUAAGACCCGGAAGGCGUUUCUCUAUCUGGCUGCUUUUCCUUUACUUGACGCCAUGGCCUGGACUCAUGCAGGAAUCCUUCUGAAGCACAAGCACAGUCUCCUGGUGGGAUGUGCCUCUAUUUCUGAUGUUGUUGCACAGGUUGUAUUUGUGGCUAUUUUGCUCCACAGUCACUUGGAGUGUGUGGAGCCUUUGUUGAUCCCAAUCCUCUCUCUGUAUAUGGGAGCUUUGGUACGCUUCACUAUCGUUGGUUUGGGGUACUACAGGACCGUUCAUGACAACAUCCCUGACUCCAGUGGGCCAGAGGUUGGGGGUGAUGCCACUAUUAAAAAGAUGCUAGGCUUUUGGUGGCCAUUGGCUCUUAUCCUGGCUACGCAGCGGAUUAGCAGACCCAUCGUCAACCUAUUUGUGUCACGGGAUCUGAAAGGAAGCACAGCUGCCACAGAGGCUGUUGCAGUUCUCACAGCAACAUAUCCAGUGGGCCAUAUGCCAUAUGGCUGGCUCACUGAACUCAGAGCUGUUUACCCUGCAUUUGACAAGAAUAACCCGAGCAACAAGUUGGCCAGCAGCAGUGCAGUUGUGACAAAAUCUGACAUCAAGCGCUUCACUUUUGUUUGUUUGGCUCUUUCUAUAACACUCUGUUUUGUGGUUUUCUGGGCGCCACACAUUUCUGAGAGGAUCCUGGUGGAUAUCAUAGGAGUAGAUCAUGCCUUUGCUGAGCUGUGUAUCGCCCCAUUACGGAUUUUCUCCUUCUUUCCCAUUCCAGUGACGAUUCGUGCUCACCUGACUGGUUGGCUCAUGACCCUGAAGAAAACCUUUGUCCUGGCACCCAGCUCUGUCCUCCGCAUCAUUGUCCUCAUCACCAGUCUCAUAGUGCUGCCUUACAUGGGGGUACAUGGGGCCACACUUGGUGUUGGAUCUCUGCUGGCUGGUUUCCUUGGGGAGUCUACUAUGGUUGCAAUCGCAGCAUGCUAUGUCUACCGGAAACAGAAGAAAAAGAAAGACUCAGAUGAAGACAUGGCCAUUGACGGGGAGGACUCUGCCCCCAUGAACGAGGUCAGGGCCGGGGGCCACAUGGAUGACAUCGUGGAGUUAAGAGAAGAGGAUGAGGAAGAGCUGGAAGAAUACUAAGCUGUGGAUUCUAGGCUAAGCAGGAUGCAUUGUGGGAAUCGGGGCCUUCUUGCUUUCUCGGGCAGUGUACUUAUUGCUUACUGUCCCCUGCUGCCGCCCUUUCCCUCUUGCCGAAGCACUUUUAAAUGUGCACAGUUUAAAUAAACACAGAGGGAGAUUUAGAUAGCAGUUAUGAAGACUUCAGGUGUCCGCUGCAGCAUAUCUGUGUUACAGUACACACGCAGACAUACAAAUGCGUACAUGCGUCUUCCAGCUGUUGUCAGGAGAUUUUUUUUUCUUCUGAUGCAGGACAGUGAAGAUAUUAAUUUGUACCAAAGCAAUGUUGUGCAUUUAACUUAUUUUUUUCCUGUAUGCUGAUCUUUAAUGUGCUGCCGUCCUACACAUUUCAAAGGAAAGACUUACAUCUUUCGAGAAGUUACAUCAUUCGCUUGGAAUGUAUUUCCUCUUCCUUCUACUUUACCUCUACUAUUUCAAUGAAAGGACAGACUUGAUAAGAUUUUUUUAGGUCCAGGGGCAGUGACCUGUGUUACUGCACAGUUUCAAGGACCAACUUUUUUUUGUGGCUUUUUGGCAAGAAAUGUCAACAGAGGUUAUAUAUACAUAUAUAUAUAACAUUUAGAUUGAAUGAAUUUGAUGGACAUCUUAGAAAACAACAGUUUCAGAGUGACAAAUGGUUGGAGUUUCUGGGUCAUCUAGAGGACCUAUUUUUUUAAAUAUACAUACCAUAUGUUUAGGUGUAUAAAAUAUGAUACAUUUUGUAUGGGUGAUGUUGUGAAUUCUGUAUAUUGUAGGAAAGGAACGAAUUGGACUGUGUUUUCAUAAUGAAGUCUAUUGAAAGUAUUUAUUUUGUAUCUCAGGAUGUUUGUGAUGGAACAUAUUAAAGUACUUUAAAGUCUGAUUAAUGAUCCCUCCCCAUGAGCUGUUUUUCAAGUUUCUCCAUUGGACAAUGAUACACAGCUGUUGAGGGUGUCUUAAACUGGUGUUUGUUUCGUUUAGAUUAUAGUACGUGACGUCUGGUUUAGCUUGUAUUAGAGAUUUCAUGGACAAUCCAAAGUAAUGUUUGGUCCUCUUAUUAAACAUUGAAAAUGUGGUUUAAAGUGGUCUAUGAUUAGGUUCUUAUGUUCUGUCUGCUAUUAAAAUGAAGAAAAGUGGG